AUGCCUCGAAAGCCCAAACCACCUCCAUCUCCCAGAAAACUCAAACAACAAUCUUUGAUAGGCUUUUUUAGCUCUUCGCCUCCAUCAUCUCCUGUACUGGCUAGUAAGCAAUCUCAGACACGGACCUUCUCUGGCUCGACAUAUGAUACCCCAUACAAUAAUCGUAAAAGGAGGAGAGUUCCACAGCCAUCUAUCCAUAGUAGCUCGGAAGAUGGAUCGGGUGAUGCAGACAGUGACGUUGGUGCUAUACGAUUCGAGUCCAGAAGCGCACCAGCGAGUGAUGAAGACGAAGCACCCGGCCCAAGUAAACCAACGACAAGGAUAAUCAAGAAGCGACGUAUCAUAGAUAAAUAUAGCUCUUCUUCAGAGCCUAUAAUCUUGGAGGAGGAUUCAGAUGAUAUCUACAUGGGACCCAAGGGGAAAGUCAAAGGAAAGCAGCGCCAGGUCAAUGACUCCGAAGAGGAUGGAUCUAAACUGCAGCCUCAAACUCGUCGGCGCAAAUUAAUCAAAGGUCAAAGACCGUUAGCACCAGAUAGUGAUGAUGACUUACUAGACGAAGUCGAUGAAACUAAAAUAAUUCAAAGCCGUUUUCGUAAGCGGAAUAAAAAGUCAGCGUUCCAAAAAAACCUCGAGAGGCUCAAAAGGAAGAAACAAGGACAGCCCAUGUCUGAGUCUUCGGACUCAAAUUCCGACGAUGAUGAAAGCCAUGACAGUAUUAAGCCUUUCCCAGGUGCCAAGCCGGGCCUCGACAGCGAUCAUAACUUCUCGUCAGAUGAAGGGGCUGAAGAAAAAGAAGACGAUUUCAUCGUCGAAGAUGAAGGUGGUACCACUGCGACGGCACUACCUGCGGAAUUUAGCAUGAGCACUCACCAGGACCUUGCUCAUCACUUUAAAAUAAUAUGCCAGCUCUUCGUACACAUGGCUGUACGACCACGUUUUGAGCGGCGGGCGUACAUGGAACAGAUUCUUAAAGUUGAAGAAUAUUUCUCAGUGCCUCUUCAAAUGACACGUCGAAAGCUGUCUGGUCUGAGAGAUUCGCUAGUUACUUCCUCAGUUUGGCGACCUGGGUUUAAGAAGCCAUUAGAGACACAUCCAGAGUUUGAACUUACUCGGCUCGAGUUCACAAUCCCUCGAUGCGACGCUUGCCAUCUUGGCGGUAGGGUUUCUACUCUUCUUGGAAGAGUUAGCGGGAAACCUUACAAUAAAUUUGAUUUCGAGCCUACGGAACUGGAUAGUAGCUCCAGUGAUUCUUCUAUCGAUGACGAGGAAUCAAACGAGGAGGAGGAGGACAAGCAAAUGUUCCAUCUGGGUCGAUUCUGCGCUGCCCGGACACGGGUUUUUCAUGAAUUCAAUCAUUGGGAGUAUCGGCUAUACAAACUGUUAUUACAAGAAAUCGACGAAGUCCGAGCUCAGAGAGAAGGGAGUAGGGCAUUUGUUAAAGUAGCUUUCGCAGGAGGUAAACAGCCGCCUAAAAACCUCAAGGAUGCUGAUGCUGUUAUGGACUGGUUGGAUCAACGUGGGGUCGUAGAAAUGGGAUGGCAGAUGAUGCGCAAAAUGAUGGAAAGUGCCCAGAAACUGGAUUCAGCUGCAAAGAAAGGCGGUAUCGACCUGGAUGAUUACGAUUUUGACUGA